GAAAGAAUGAAGAGAGAGGCUGAAGAAGAAAGAAUGAAGAGAGAGGAUAGGCUGAGGAAGGAGGAGGAAAGGAGGAUUGAGGAGGAAGAAAGAGUGAGGAAGACCGCAGAGGAAGAUUGGCUGAGAGAGGAAAUGGGAAUAAAGAGGAUGGAGGAGGACAAAAUAAUUAAGAGAGAAGAGGAGGAUAGGCUGAGAAAGGAGGAAGAGCUGAGGAAGAUAAGGGAAAAGGAAGAAAGGCUAAUGAGGGAGGAGGAGGAGGAGGAGGAUGAUAUGCGGAGAAAUGAAGAGCAGAGGAAGAUUAAGAAUGAGGAGGAAAGGAGAAUAGAGCAGGAGAUGUUGAGAAAGGAAGAAGCAGAAAGAACGAGGCUUGAAGAAGAGAGGGAUGAGGAUAGAAGAGAUGAGGAGCAGGGAAAACUGAUGGAGGUGAAACAGAGGUUUAGGGUAGAUGAAGAAAAUGUGAAAAAAGAGGAUUUGAGAGGACAUGAAGAAGAGAUGACAGAGAAGGAGAAAAAGAGGAAUGCACAGAUGGAGAAAAAGCGAAGGCAUGAGGAGGUGAGGGUAAAGUUGGACAAAGUUGAACAACCGAUGAAGCAGAAUAGAGAGGCAGAGGCCACCGUGUGCAAUAAUCCUUUUGAGGAAGUCUCUCCUACCAAUUCAUGUGAUGACAACUCUUCAAAUAUCCUGUUUGAGGAGACCCCCACAACCUCUCCUACUGAUCCCAUCAGCUGCCGAACAAAUAAAGUAUCAGCAGUCAAGCAGAGACCCUCUUCAUGUGUGAACCCUUCUCAGCCUAGCGUGUCUUCCAACCCCUUCUUAUUGUUCUUGUCUCCUGAAAUUGAGAUUUCUAUGGACUCCCCUAGAGUUAAUGGGGAAACCAGAGGCACCCAGGACCCGUCUACUGAUCUAAUGGAGAAGAAAGACCCUGCCCCUCUGCCCCUCAACCAGCGCUGGGCUCGUAUGGACAACUGGCCUAGCAAGGGCAACGCUCAGUCUGUCACAGUGAAUCUUGCCCGAACAAAGCCAACAAAACAGCCACCUCCUCCAAUACGCCAAUCUUCCACGUCACUUGUGGGAUGCGGGGAUAACCAGGAGAGUGUUAGUGGUCAGGACCAUUCCAGUAUCAGGAUGGACAAGGGUCCUGCUCCAGAUAGACCAAGCCAGGCUCCAAGCCAGAUACAGAGGGACCAGAGUAUGACUAGAGUGAACCUGGGACAUAAGGUCUCUCAACGUGUAGUAAAGAUUAUCACACCACUGAGAUUUUCCUCCACAGCUACAACAGAACACACAAGUGGAGGCCAGAGCUCUACCCACCAUGGGAACCAACCAGAACAAGAAAUGCCAUCUGCCACUGGGGGGUUGAGGGUGGCUAAACACAAUAAAGGUCCAGCACCUUCUAGGCCCCAGUACCCUCCAGGGAAGACAAUGCCAAAAGUUGAUGUAAUAGAUAAGCAAUUGAAUACUGAGGAACAUGACUCUUUGGUUGAGUUUGAUCCAAAUAAUCCCUUUGCAGAAGACUGCAGAAUGGAAAAGUCCUCUGGACAUGGUGAAGAACAGAGACUAACUGGUGAAUAUCAGGAGAGCCUAGACUCUCCCAAUCAUCAGAGUUGUACCUCCAUAGAAGCAAAUCCAGGUUCAAUGCUGAAUAGUGUGGUUAGGGACUCAAUGGAGCUUCCAACGCCAAAUGUUCUGCUAGCUGAGGAUGGCUCCCGUCCCAUCAAAAACUCAUUAGCAGAGCUGGUCUGUGUUCCCUUGCUUCCAUUGAAGAAAACAUCCAUCUCUAUAGAGGAUGAUACUGGUAAACAGAGUUCUGUAAAACUACAAAGCCCAGGGGUUUCCUCUUUGAGAAAGCUUUCCUCAAGUAUCUCAGAAAAACUGCAGAAUCGAGGUGUGGGUAUGGCACUAACUUGUGUUACCGUUGCCCAGCCCCCAUGUGUACCCUCACCUGCCCCCUCCAUCCUACCCCAACCCAAGCCCCUGAAGGGAUCAGGGGGCAGGAGUAACUGUCCUCCCCAGACAAGCUCUCUCCCUGGCCAGAGGACCCUGCUUCAGGCUGGAGCUAUGUCCUCCGUUGCAGAGCAUUGCAGUGGAGAGGAGGCGGGAAGGAGAGGGGACAGGCCUACCUCAAGCACACGCAGGCCUCACCCAGUAAAGCCCUUGAGCUCCCUGGAAAACCAGCCAGCCUCCAACAUCCAGGAGAGGCAGGCUGGCAUAUCUACAGGAAUCCUCGGUGUCCUUCAAGAGAAGAUAAAGAUGUCGCAAAGUCAAAUACAGAAACCCAGCCUAAAACCCCAAACGGUCAAAGACACAGGGGUCAAAGGUCAGUACUCCCAGCUGACCCAGGAGGAGCUGAUCUCCCUGGUGGUGAAGCAGCAGGACCAGCUCUCCAAGAGGGACAACAAGAUCAAGGAGCUGGAGCAGUACAUUGACAACCUGCUGGUGCGCAUCAUUGAGGAGCAACCCAGUAUCCUGAUGUCCAUGAACUCACUCAAAUGAGACAUCUAGAAAUAUAUAUUUCUCCGUCCUGUUCCUAAUCAUUCAGAGCAAGGCUUCCUAGAUGUUUAUCUCCCUCAAUGCCUAUGUGUUAGGCUGUUUGAAGAAUUCCUGCUUGCCUCCCAAAGAAAGUUUCAUUCACCGAUGUAUAACAUACCAAGCACUGGCUUUGUCCAUUCCUACUGAACAGAUGCACUUUUGAUUGUUCAUUAACAUUUUGAAUGUUGUCUAGUGUGCAAGGCUCUAUGGUGUGUGUGUAUUAAGACCGUAUAAGAACAUGAACCAAAUCCACACAGGCCUGUUGGGAGGUUCUGUACAUUUUUGGCAGUUGAUUUGUCUUUCUAUUAAUGUUUUGAUGUGCUUGUAAGGAGGAGUGUGAUAUGAAGGCAACAACACUGAAGAAGGAAUUGAAUAGUAAAAAAUUAAUAAAAAAAGAAAGCAACAGAA